CAUACCUUGGGCGUUGUCCCGUGGACGAACUCAAACUUCAGAUAAGCUAGGUCUGACUUCAAAGAAACGGACGUCUUGUGUCAGUGGCUUUCUGAUUCAUAAGGGAAAAAACACGGAAACCGGAUCAGAUUGUCCCAUUGUAGAAAAUAGGCUAUUUUAGCUUCUAGAUUAAGGGAUUCGUCAUCGUCAAUGCGGAAAUGAUUUUAAGAACUGCGUCACAGGUCUGGAUCCUACUGCUCCUCCAAUUUGUGACUACAGAGCAGAAAAUCAUCACAGCUGAGUCUGGACAGGACAUCACUCUGCCAUGCCGAGCUUCAAACAAUAACAAUAUAGUUGUAGAGUGGAGCAGAGCUGACCUGGAGUCAGAUUAUGUCAUGUUGUACCGGGAUGGUUACUUUGUUCUGGAUUACCAGCAUCCAUCUUUUAAGAACCGGGUGGAUCUGCAGGACAGACAGAUGAAGGAUGGAGACGUUUCUUUGAUUCUGAAGGAUGUGACGAUUAAUGACACUGGAACAUACGAGUGUCGUGUCAUCCAGGAAAGAACAAACAGGAAGAGAGCCCUUUUGAAGACUCGGCCCAUCAGCAUCAUCUACCUGAGAGUUGUUGAUCCUCCAGACCAAGAAAACAUCACAGUUCAGUAUGGACAGAGUGUCAUUCUACCAUGUCAAGCUCCAAAUGAUAAGGAUUCCAUCAGAGUUGUAAGGUGGACCAAACCUGGCCUACAAGAUGAAAAUGUCUAUUUGUAUCAAGAUGGGCGAUUUGAUCCUAAAGAGCAGAAUCCAAUUUUUAAGAACCGAGUGGAUCUGCAGGACAAAGAGAUGAAGAAUGGAACUGCAUCUUUGAUUCUGAGGAAUGUGACGACAGAUGACUUGGGAGCAUACGAGUGUCUUAUCCUCCAGUCAGCAGCAACUAUAAGUAGCAACAAUCACAUCAGCAUCAUCUACCUGAGUGUUGUUGAUCCUCCAGGUCAGCCAGGAGGAGACACAGAGGAUGGAUCUGUUGGACUGAAAGUUGGUCUGUCUGUUUGUGCUGCGCUUCUUGUUGCUGUUGCUAGUUUUUUGAUCUACAGGAAACAUAAACAACAAAAGAAUCAGGAUUCAUACUCACCUGCUAACUGCCGUCUUGUUGAAAUGCUUCAGACGUCUUCAAUGGCUUAAAAGCUGAACUGAGUCUCUUCCUGCUUUUGUAGUUUUAGUUCAAGUGUUGUCAUUGAACAUGUGGACAGAUGAGAGACAGCAGUUUAAGCCCUGAAUGUGACGACAAAUUCAUCCACUCUCCUACCUUGGGGGAAGAAAAAACCACUAAUAAGCAUUUGGAUUAUUUCCAGAGAGAGAAAGAAAUAAUCCACCGGGCAUUAAAACAGAGGGUGGAGAAGAAAGUUUUUUUUUAAAGGUGUUUUAAAAUCCAUUAUUACUGUAAGCUGGAGUGAAAGAAAGACACAAAAAAAAAAUGUGCCUUAAAGACCAACUACUCUAAUACAGGUUCUAAGUUAUUCCUGUAUGUUUCUUCAGCCACUCCAUUCUUCCCCUCCAUGAAUGUUCCAGCUUUCAUCCCACUUCGGUUACUGUCGUUUGUUAAGACGAUCUGCAUAAAGCGUACAUCAGAUGUACUAGAUUCAAGUACCAGCUACUGUUGGAAGGUAGUUAUAUCAGUAAAAAGGAGCGAGCACCUGGAGGGCGUCCAUACUGUUGCUGUUAAUAAGGCAAAUUUGAAAUCUGUACUCCUCAAAUUCCACCAGCAUGUUAAGUGUCCUACUAGGGGGGACACUGGACCGUGUGCACAGUAACAUCAAUUGUUUAUAUUUGUCCUGUUUGCUCUUUAUUCCUGCUGCAUUUAUUUAUACAAUGCCAAAUUACAACAAGAAAUAAGAGGCUUCAUUUUGCGGGUAAAGCUCACAGCAGCGUGGAAAUCAAACAUCUCUGGUAACAACUGUAGAGUUCGGACGAGUCUUCUCGCAAAGACUGUUGCCAUGCGGAAGGAAAACAAAAUCUGGAAGUACUAAGUGGAGUUUGUAUGUUCUCCCUGUGUUUGCAUGGGUUCUCCCCGGGUACUCCUGCUUCCUCCCACAGUCCAAAGACAUGCAGUUAGUGGGGAUAGGUUAAUUGAUUAAUCUAAAUUGCCCAUAGGUGUGAAUCUGUGAGUGAAUGCAAAUGCAAAUGGUCGUCUUUCCCUGUGUGUUGGUCCUGCGACAGACUGACGACCUGUCCAGGCUGUACCCUGCCUUUUGCCCUAUGACAGCUGGGAUAGGCACCAGCGCUUAAAAGACUAGAUAUAGAAUUUGAACAUAAAUCGCAUCUGAAAUCCAAAAGAGUAAAUAAUG